UGGUUGUUGCUCUUUAAACUAGCGCGGGUUACCGACAAUAAUCCUUCCGAAUCAAGCCGUCUGUACCCUAAACUUAAAUUUACAACAAGUGAAUGUAUGCUGGUAUUCCAUCAUAUACAUUUACAAGCUAAAACUUUUGUACACACCUGUAUUUAGAGGGUAAAGUAGGACAAAGGCGAUCAACAUUUUAUGCAAGAGUCCAUAUCGGUAAACAAUUUACCUCGUGCGUUUGAUUCCUGUCACAUUGACCAUGGACGGUGAAAGUCCACAAGAGCUGAGGAGUGUAGAGGGUGAGACAAUAAUAGAAAGAAAAUGCCCAGGCGGAUGGUCAUCCAAAUGGAUCCUGUUGCACGGACAAUAUAAACCACUGGACCAUGUACAAAAUCAAUCCAUACCAGACCCAAGGUCUCAUGUACCAAAAGUCCGCAAUAUGGAAAUAUUUGACGAUGACAUCAUGAUCUAUGCCUACCCUAAAUGUGGGACUCAUUGGGUUUGGGAAAUGAUAAAAAUGCUGCAGAAAGGCAAAGCUGAAUAUGAAAAACGUCCAAAAGAAGCUACGAUGAUGGAAUUUCAAUCUGUGGAGAAUUUAUCUGAAGAAAGAAGACCCAGAGUGUUCAAUACACACUUUUUUCCUAAUGAAGUACCAACAGCAUCAUUGGAGGGGAAAGGGAAGAAUUUGUUUUUGCUACGAAAUCCCAAAGAUGUGUUCGUGUCCUACUAUCACCAUUUAAUGAACUGGAAGGUUUUCGAUGGACGGAUGAGCUGGGAUGAUUACAUGUACAUGGCAAUUAAUUAUGGAGGAUGUAGAUAUGAUUGGUAUGGGUACACCAGCGAAUGGGAGAAAGAAAUGAAUAAGAAAAAGACGAAUUACUUAUGUCUAUACUAUGAGGACAUAAAGAAGAAUCCCCUUGCAACGGUCAAGUCUAUUGCCGAAUAUCUUGGAAUUCCGUGUUCAGAAACCUUAGCGGAGGAAAUUGUUCACAAAUGUAAACUUGAAAACAUGAGAUCUGCCAAUAAAGAUAAACAUGACGACAGAAACCAGAGUGGGGCAAACUCGGACAUGCAUGAUCCAGACAAAAUGUACAGAAAAGGCGAAGAUGAUGAACGAAUCUCAUAACUCCUAUAAGGAAUGCAAAAUAAAGAGUUGGGCAAACACGUACACCUGGAUCAGCUGCAGAGGUGGCUUAAGCAUCCCAUCGACCAGUCACUCCCGCCAUGAGCCCUAUCUCUUGAUCAGGUAGACGGUGUAAUAUGUAGUCACGAUCAUUAUCAGGUAAAUGGAGUAAUCCGUAGUCAAAAUCAGUGUGCCAAGAACGGUCUAACAAUCGGUAAUAAACGUGUCAAACAACAUUUGGCCCAAAUAAUAGGUUAUAUGGGCAAACUAGAUCAAUAUAACGACCAUAGAAUUUGCGAAAUGGUAUUUUGAACGAGAAUAAAUUAAGUCGCAUAAGAAUACAAAACAGGUAAGCUAAUAAAGUAGCACAAUUGAUGCCCAUGGUAGUUCCAAAUGAAAAAUGAAAACAGCAUUAUUCCAUUUGAAUUUGAAUAGAGAAUGUUUAAAAGAUGCCAAUGUUU